UACCCAAAAAGAUUUUUGCAGGCUUUGUUUAUUGAGCUUCUUUCUUCUUCUUCAGGCUGUAAUCUGAAAUCUAAAGAUGGAUACUCUGUGAUAUGCUAGUUGGGGCGCUGGACUGAAAAAUUCGAUGGACCGGAAGUGGUUGUGGAAGAAGAAGUCUUCUGAGAAGAACUCAGGCGGUGAAACUGAAAGUUCUGGUUCGGUGUCUUCUCAUUCUGAGAGGUGCUCUGAUGAACAGGAGGCACUUAAGGACUCUCCUAAUCAUGAUUCUCAAUCACCUGAAGUCACAUCAAAAGCUGUAUCCAGUGGUGAUGAUGUUAAUAAUAGUGUGAAGAGUCUGACAGAGAGACUAUCAGCUGCUCUUGUGAAUGUUAGCGCCAAAGAAGACUUGGUGAAGCAGCAUUCCAAAGUUGCUGAAGAAGCUGUUGCAGGCUGGGAAAAGGCUGAAAAUGAGGUGGCUAGCCUAAAGCUUCAACUUGAAGCUGCAGUUAAGCGAAACUCAGCUUUGGAAGAUCGCAUAAGCCAUCUUGAUGGAGCCCUCAAGGAAUGUGUUAGGCAAUUAAGACAAUCAAGAGAGGAGCAAGAGAAAAAUAUAAAUGAAGCUGUGAUGAAGAAAACCCAUGACUGGGAGGCCACAAAAGUGAAGCUUGAAUGUCAGAUUACUGAUCUCCAGAGAAAAGCCGAAACUCAUAGAUCUGGAGUUUCUGGUUUUGUUGAUCCUCAUCUUUCACGUAAGCUUGAAGCUUUGGAAAAGGAAAACUCAGCCCUCAAGCUUGAGCUACUGUCUCAGGCAGAGGAGUUGGAAAUCAGCACAAUCGAGAGGGAUUUGAGUACUCAAGCAGCGGAAACGGCCAGUAAGCAACAUUUAGAGAGUAUCAAGAAGGUUGCCAAGCUUGAAGCUGAGUGCCGGAGGCUAAAAGCUGUAGCUUCCAAAGUUCCUUUGGUUAAUGAUCAUAAAUCCAGUGCUGCUUCCUCAAUGUAUGUGGACUCUUGCAUGGAUAGUCAAUCGGACAGUGGAGAGCGGCUAAGCGUGAUGGACAUUGACUCCCAAAAGAUGAAUCACUCAGAUCCAAAUAAGCGUGAUCUGGGCGUCUCUGACUCAUGGGCGUUGGCUUUGGUUGCAGAGCUUGAUCAAUUCAAGAAUGAAAAAGCAGUGAACAAAGAUAUGCCAGCCUCUUCUGUUGACAUUGAUCUCAUGGAUGAUUUUCUUGAGAUGGAACAACUUGCUGCACUGCCACUGCGUGAAAGUGAAUCUGGUUACCUGGAAUCAGAAGCCAUAGUUAAUGUCUCCAACAGUAAUGAAAUUGCCUUGAGAGAUGAACUUGAAGCUAUGAGUCAUCGGACAGCAGAAUUGGAGUACAAGUUAGAAAAUUUAGAAGAAGAGAGAGCUGAAUUAGAAGCCAUGAGUCAUCGAACAGCUGAAUUGGAGUAUAAAUUAGAAAAGCUGGAAGUAGAAAAAGCUGAACUUGAAGCCACAAGCCAGCAGGCGGCUGAUUUGGAGGACAAGUUGGAAAAGUUGGAAGUAGAGAAAGCAGAACUAAUAAACAUGAGUUAUCGGGCAGCCGAAUUGGAGGAGAAGUUAGAAAAGUUGGAAGAUGAGAAAGAAAAGUUGGAAGUAGAAAAAGCACAACUAGAAUCCAUGAGUUAUCAUGCAACCGAAUUGGAGAACAAGUUAGAAAAGUUGGAAGCGGAGAAGGAAAAAUUGGAAGUAGAAAAGGCUGAAUUGGAAACAGCCUUGGCCAAAGCUAGAGAAUGUUACGUGGCAUCAGAGUUUCAGCUUAAAGAAGCAGAAAUGAUGUUGGAGGAGUUACAGAAGGAACUGAAAAUUGCAAGAGAGUCAAAGUUGAGUAUUGAGUCUCAGCUCAUUAGCAUAGAAGCUGAGGCUCGGACAAUGUCUGCUAAGGUUAACUCCUUAGAAGCAGAGGUCCAAAGGGAAAGGGCUUUGUCAGCAAAAGUUUCUGUCAGAUGUCAAAAAUUAGAGAAGGAGCUAUCAAGAAAGAAUGAAGAAGUCGAGUUUCAGAAAGCUGCUUGCUCAAAUAGUGAAUCAAAGAUAAAGCAGGAAGACAUAGCUGUAGCUGCUGGAAAACUUGCCGAGUGCCAGAAAACAAUAGCAUCUCUUGGGAAUCAACUGAAAUCACUAGCCACACUAGAAGAUUUCCUGAUUGACACCGCAAACAUACCAGAAUUUUCUGCUGCUGCUUCACGGAUUCCUAGAUCUGAUGAAGAAUGGAAGAUGCAUUCCAAUGGCACAUUUUCACCUAAACGAGAUUCUGUGUCAAAACAAGCUGUUGAGAGUUCUGGACUUGUAGCAAAUAGGAAUGAGGAUAAUUCUCCACCAUGUUCAUCUUCCUCAUCCUCCUCUACUGUAGUGUCAACUCAUGUCAGUUCUGAGAAGAAUCGAAAUGGGUUUGCCAAGUUUUUCUCUAGGACAAAGAGUGGGAUUCGAUUAGAAAUUUAG